UCCCCACCACCUCCCCAAUCACCGCCGGCGAUCGCAAAAUCCGAACUUUCCGGCGACCCACAUCAUUAAAUUCCGAUCACUUUCUUCAAUGGAAACCCCAUCAAUGAAAACUGAAGAAUCAUCGAUGCAGAAAAGGGCCAAGCAAGAUCGGUAUGCCCUAUUCGAUAUAACCAACGAUUCCCCAAUCGUAGGGCUUGCAAUGGGUAGUCUGAAAACCCCGUCUUCGGGUUUAUCGAAGACGAGAGUGAGCAAUAAAGGGCGGUUCACCCGAACCCCGGGCUCGGGUGAAGCCCUCUUGAGAGGCCAGGUGAAGAGCCUUCUCCAGAAGGUCGAGGAAGAGGCGAUGAUCGCCCUCGAAAAACGGCCUUUCUUCAAUCUUGAUGCACCAACUCCUGCAAACACACCUCAAUUGUUCAAUCUUGAUGGUGAUUGUGAUUUCCUCCCACAGAUGAGGAAUGGUGCAGUUGAUGAGGAGAAGCAUGAGAGCGUGAUCAGUAGGUCUCUGUUUCUUGAUUUCAUCUGUGGUGACAUGCCAUGACUUUGAAGGCUCAUUUACAUCAUAGGUGUCUCUCUUUUGACACCAUCUUUGGGAUGAUUUGUUUCCUUUGUUUGAUUAUUCACAUAAUUUUGUGAUGGUUUGUUACUUGAAUCAGAAUCCAAUUUUAUUGAGUUAGUAAAGAAUUGUGGAAAUGGUUGGUUCUAUAUCCACAACUUUUUCUCAA